CAGCUGUGGCCCGCGCUGCAGGACAUCUUCCAAGCUUCGGUUCUCCCGCCUCACCUCGUCUGCGGCCAAGCGAUAAAACGCCCCUUCUCGCUGCAGAUACCGCCGCUCGCCGUCCGUAGCUGUGGAAAAUUCACCUCAGUGCGUUCGUCACCUGCUGCAACCAACGCACACAGCCGCGCCCUUACAUUGCUUUCUCGCAGAUCCCCCAGAGCUCUCCUCGUUUUCGCCGACGCCGCCUUUGCCCCCGUCCGCAAGUACUGCCUGGAGCUUGUGAGGACGCGCACAAUCGGCCCUCGCGAUGGCUGCACCCACGACCCAGUCUCUGAAGUGUGUCGUGACCGGCGACGGUGCCGUGGGCAAAACAUGUCUCCUGAUCUCGUACACGACGAACGCCUUCCCGGGCGAAUACAUCCCGACAGUCUUCGAUAACUACUCCGCAAAUGUCAUGGUCGAUGGGAAGCCCAUAAGUCUUGGCCUGUGGGAUACCGCUGGACAGGAGGAUUACGACCGACUGCGGCCGCUUUCAUAUCCCCAGACCGACGUGUUCCUAAUCUGCUUCUCCAUCGUCAGCCCCCCGUCGUUUGACAACGUCAAGGCCAAGUGGUACCCCGAGAUCGACCACCACGCGCCCGGCGUCCCUAUCAUCCUGGUCGGCACCAAGCUCGACUUGAGGGACGAUGAAGCCACUAAAGAGAGCCUUAGGCAGAAAAAGAUGGCACCCAUACAAUACGAGCAGGCCGUCAUGGUCGCCAAGGAGAUCAAGGCUCAAAAGUACUUGGAGUGCUCUGCGCUCACCCAGCGAAAUCUGAAGAGCGUUUUCGACGAGGCGAUUCGCGCUGUGCUCAGCCCGCGUCCCCAGCAGCAGCCAAAGAAGAAGGGGCCCAGGUGCGUCAUUAUGUAAAGAACGAGUGAUAAUGCGGUAGCAUGUGGAGGUGGCAGUUGGUGUAGACGAGGGGACGACGGCUUGAAUACCACUCGACGAUCUCAACGAUGGCUCCGGUCCGAAGUUGAGAAGUAAACCCUGCCAUGGCAUGGCCCGACCAAUUCCAGGCACCCUGGGUUCAUAAUGGGAUUGCGCCACGAGGGCUAGGCGCAACAAGCAUAUUUGUUUACGGGGCGGGCGGAGUAGGCUCUAUGUGAUUACAAUUUAGGCUUUACUCGGGACUUGCAUUUGGGCCCGCGGAUUCUGUGUACCUGCGUGUAGAUAGCGGAGCAUCUGUGGCUUUGGGUCUGCUCCUC